AUGAACGCUUUUAUUGCUAAGUUUAUAACUGCGUUAUUGGUGUUAGUUCAAUUCACCAACGGUUUACAUUUCUACUUGAAGACUGGUGAAACUAGAUGUUUUUUUGAAGAAUUAACUCAGGAUACGUUAGUCGUUGGUAAAAUAGAUGUCACCGAAUUAACCAACAACGGGGAUUACGUCAAAAACCCUAAUUUGCAAUUGCAAAUCACUGUUGAAGAAACCUUUGACAAUGACCACAAGGUUGUAGACCAAAAGUCUAAUCCAAACGGUAAAUUCACGUUCACAUCUUUGGAUUCUGGUGAACAUAAAUUCUGUUUGACUCCAAAGUAUUCGGAUGGUUCUAAUAGUAAGGCACACCGUAUUUUCUUUGAUAUUGCCACUGGUUCUUCACAUGACUACAUUGACUCUAAGUCUACUCACAAGGUCGAUGCCUUGACAUUGAAGGUCCAAAACUUAAACAAAAAGUUGGAAGAAAUUCACUGGGAACAAGAACACAUGAGAGAAAGAGAAGCUAUAUUCAGAGAUCAAUCCGAAUCCACCAACUCCAGAGUUGUUAGAUGGUCUAUCGUUCAAUUGAUAGUCUUGAUUGGUACCUGUGUCUACCAAUUACGUCACUUGAAGAGUUUCUUCGUUAAGCAAAAAAUUGUUUAA